UUCGCACCGUCACGUUCGGAUUAGGGAUCGUAUCGCCCCGCUCUGCUUGGCCCUUGUCAACUGUACCGCGUCAGAAAACACUCAACCGGUUCAUCAUGGUCCGCCUCAUCACCCACAACCUCCUCGCGUGCCAUGUGAAGGGCUGCACCUCGAAUAACUUCCCACUCCGGUUCAGCGAUGUACAGAUUGAGCUGCGAGAUGCGGAAUUCAAUCCUGACUUUCUGCGCGGAUUCCUUCCGAAGAUAGAGUGGCAAGCUCUGGUAGAUGCGGCAAAGGAGCUUGGGGAUACAUCGCUUCCGAAUGAGAUUCCUGAGAUGAUGGACGACGAGUUCUUGCAGGCGCUGCACCAUGUCUUACUAGAGAUCCACGUCGAGGAAGGCGUUAUGACCUGCCCAAAUUGUGGCCACAAAUAUCCGAUAUCAAACGGGAUACCGAACAUGCUUCUCGCGGAGAACGAAAUCGCAUAGCGCGUAGAUAUGCGCGCGCUGGCUGGCAUCAGUGUCAACGCGAGCGCUGUGGUUGAUUUACUCGGGAUCUUCGUAUAGUGCGCGAUCUUCGCUCACUUAUCACGCGCUAUGGUGCGGACGAACAUCGAUUCACCCGGAAAAGUAGUAACGAUACAUGUAUAUAGUCCUACAUAAUUCGCUUUCGACUCUUCACGUGUCCAUGCUACCCUCCUACCUCUCACCCCUUAGCAAUGCGUUCACUUUGUCCAACACCUCCUUGUCCGCCUCUCC